AUGAAGCUUUCAUUAUCUUCUUCUUCUUCACCAAAACCCCAAAAUGCCAUCCACAUACUCCUCUUCAAAUACUAUCCAAUAAACUCAAAAUUAGUACAGGAAAGCAUGCAUGAGCAUAAGAAUCGAAUUGUCUGUCAAAAAUGCAGAUCAAUAAGUGAUUCCUCGAGAACUUCACUGUCGUCAAUGUUAGAAGCACGGAAUUCUUAUGCGUUGUUGAGGUGGAGGAGGAGGAGGAGGAGGAGAGGUAAUGCCUUCAGUUCUGAGCCCGGCCUUCUGAAAAUGCAAAGAGAAUCGAGUAUUGGAUAUUGUCGUGCUAAUAAGUCAGAUACUUAUGUUGAAAUCACCUAUAAAAGAAGGCAAAAGCGGACGAGGUUGGAGAGCUGUGAAUAUACCUCGGGUUCUUGUAAAAAACCGAGGCCAGCUGAUGUCAGCUCUGAGCUGGACUUAUAUGAGACCGAGAUAGUCGGGACUGGAAGGCCUCGGGUAGUCCAAACUGAACCGGAUGCAGUGGCGUUGACAAGAAGAGGCCGAAAUGAGUUUCCAGUAAAUAGAAGACUGACAGAGUUCUCCUUCUACGACGAAGAUGAAAAACUGCAGCUUGUUGAGGUCAUAGAGACGAAGAAGAUGUACAUUUCUGGUGCCAUUUUGCCUUUGGAAGGAGCUUUUGGGAAAGGCAAAGAAACGGGAGUGCAGUGCAAUAGAUUUGGACCAAUUCUAGAAUGGUCGAUAUCUGGAUUUGAUGAAGGGUCGCCAGUUCUUUGGAUUUCCACUGUCAUUGCACACUAUGAAUGUCUCGAACCUUCCAGUUCCUAUAAAAUUCUGUACGAUCUUUUCUUCCAGAAGUCACGUGCAUGUAUCGAGACUUAUAGAAGAUUAUCUAGACCCUAUGGAGGCACCCCGGAAGUUAGUCUUAACGAUUUAGUAUCUGCAGUUGCUUCAACAAUGGUCGAAACUAGUCUAUCACACACUGUGUCAGUCCAAGACUUAAUUAUUUCGUGGGGCAGGUUCAUCUAUGAACAACUAAUUGGCUUAGAGAAGUCAGAGUCCACCGAAGAUCCAAUUUUUAGUGAACUUCCUGUUCUAAUUGCCCUAAGAGAUGCUAGCAUGAAAAUCUCAUUUGUGAAAAGCGGAGAGAAAACUAAAUGUUUGCAGGGCGGUGAAUAUAAAGCAACAAAAAUAUCAGACACCUCCAUUCUCACUUCAUCAGAAAUCGCGAAGCAAGCAGCUAGAUUUGCCGGUCUAAAGAACAAAUCCGGUUUGUUGUCAAAACCUCAAGUAGUUGAGAAGGAAUCAGAUGCAAUAAGACUAACAAAAAUUGAUCUGUCAGAUUCUCCUUCUAAUAGAAGAUUGACAGACUUCACUUUUUACGACGAAGAUGGCAUAAUUCAGCUUGUUGAUACGCUGGAAGUGAAGAAUAUGUAUGUUUCUGGUCUCAUUUUGCCCUUGGAAGAAUCUUACGAUGAACCAAAGGACAAAGGGGUCAAAUGUGAAGGAUUUGGGCCAAUUCUAGAGUGGUCGAUAUCUGGAUUUGAUGACGGCUUACCAAUUGUAUGGAUUUCGACUGAUGUUGCUCACUAUGAAUGUCUUCACCCUUCCAUCGCCUACAAACAUUUGUGUGGCAUGUUCUUCGACAAGGCUCGUGCAUGUGUAGAAACUUAUAGAAUUUUAUCAAACACUUGUGGAGGCAACCCCGAUCUGAGUCUUAAUGAGCUACUAAAUGCAGUAUUUCACUCGAUGAGUAAGAGUGAGAAUAUACCUCAAGGGAUAUCCAUCGAGAAUUUAAUAAUUUCAUGGGGUGGGUUUAUUUAUGAACAACUGCAAGGUUUAGAGAAGUCAAAUUCUGAUGAGGAUCCAACGUUUGGCGAACUUCCCGUGCUGGUUGCCCUUAGGGAUGCUAGUGCAAAAAUGUCAGAUAUAAAAACUGGAAAAAGGAAAAGGCAAAUCAUCAGGUCUAAUAGCAACCGAUAUGUCAUUGCAUUUGCAGAAAUAGGAAAACAAGCAGCUUUGUUUGCCGGUUUAAAGUACAAAUCAGAUCGGUUGCUAGAUAGUUCCAGAAUAGGUGAAUCUACAAGACAUCGACUAGUGGAGAGGGAAUCAGAUGCAAUAAGAUUCACAAAAACUGGCCGGAAGGACUCUCCACCAAAUAGACAAUUGAAAGACUUCAUCUUUUAUGAUAAAGAUGGCACGUUGCAGCUUGUUGAUAUGCUAGAACUAAAGGAUAUGUAUGCUUCGGGUUUCAUUUUUCCUUUGGAAGCAGCUGCUCGAAAAGAAAAGGACAGCGGGGUAAAAUGUGAAGGCUUUGGCCCGAUUUUAUCAUGGUCAAUAUCUGGAUUCGAUGAAGGCUCACCAAUCAUAUGGGUUUCCACUGAUGUUGCUCACUAUGAAUGUAUUCGUCCUGCUGCCACUUAUAAAAAUCUAUACAAUCUAUUUCUCGAGAAGGCCCGUGCAUGCAUUAUGACUUACAGGCUUUUAUCAAAAUCUUAUGGAGGCAAUCCUGAUCUGAGUCUCAGCGGGCUACUUACUGCAGGUGUUCACUCGAUGAGUAAGAGUAAGAAUAUACCUAAGGGGACGUGCAUAAAGAAUUUAAUCAUUUUAUGGGGUAGGUUUAUUCAUGACCAGUUAAUGGGUUUGGAGAAAUCAGAGUCUGAAGAGGAUCCAAUCUUUGGUGAACUUCCUGCACUUAUAGCCCUUAGAAAUGCUAGCAUGAGAACUAGAACUAAGGAAACGAGAUUGGAGAGCAGAAACGAGGUAGAAGAACCUUCAGCUCCAUUUGCUAGUUUAAAUUAUAGAUCAGAUAACUUCAGGAUAAUUGAAUAUAGAAAACUUCAAGAAGUUGAGGAGGAAUUGGAUGCAUUGACGUUGACAAAAACUGACCCUAAUGAUUCUCCGCCAAAUAGAAGAUUGAUAGACUUUUCUUUCUAUGAUGCAGAUGACAUAUUGCAGCCUGUUGAAAUGCUAGAUGUGAAUGCUGUGUAUGUUACCGGUAUCAUUUUGCCAUUGGAAGAACCUUCCAAUAAAGUGGAAGCGAAAGGAGCUAAAUGUGAAGGAUUUGGGCCAAUUUUAGAAUGGUCAAUUUCUGGAUUUGACGAAGGGUCACCAGUCAUAUGGAUCUCUACCGAUGUUGCUCACUAUGAGUGUCUUACGCCUACACCUGCCUAUAAAAGAUUGUACAGUUUAUUGUCUGAAAAGGCCCGUGCUUGUGUUGAAGCUUACAGAAGGCUGUCAAAAUCUUAUGGAGGAAAUGACAAUCUCACUCUUAACGAAUUGCUUGCUUCACUUGUUCGGUCAAUGAGCAAGAACGGGGGCCUACCCACCGGGACAUCCAUCAAGGAGUUAAUUGGUUCAUGGGGUUGGUUCAUAUAUGAACAAUUGGCUGGUUUGGAGAACCCCGAUUCCAAAGAAGAACCAAUCUUUGGGGACCUUCCGGUGCUCAUCGCCCUUAGGGAUGCCAGCUUAAGAAUUUUGGAUUCGAAAACUGGAGCCGAGGAAAAAAAUAGUCAUUCCAAUGAGUGUGCGCCUAUCAAAAUGAGAAGAGAUCGAUUGCUACAAGAAAAAAAGAAUUGGCUGGCAUCCUUCAAACCAAAUAAGAGGCUGCAUCCAGCAAUAUCCCCUAACAACUACCAUGUAAAGAUCAGUGAAGAUGAGAUUGCAGAUGAUUACCCAGUUCCUGCUUACUAUAAACCCGAGGUGCAAGAGAGAGAUGAGUAUAUUAUCUUCGACGAAGAUAGUUGUAUUUCUUAUCCCGACCAGCUUCCUCAUAGCAGCCUUCAUAACUGGUCUGUCUAUAAUUCAGAGGGAAAGAUGAUUUCUUUGGAGCUUCUCCCUAUGAAAUCAUGUCCUGGUAUCGAUAUGACAGUUUAUGGGUCUGGUACAAUGACAGCUGAUGAUGGAGGCCCCGGGUUCUAUCUUCACGAUAAUAAUAGUCCAUCAAGUUCUAAAGAGCUAAGCAUCGACGCCACACCUGUCUUUCUGAGCGCCAUAAAGGAGUGGAGGAUUGAAUUUCGAUCUGUCAUGUUCUUCAUUUCAAUUCGAACUGAUAUGUCCUGGUACAGGUUGGGGAAUCCAUCAGAGCAGUAUACUCCAUGGUUGAAACCUGUGUUGAGAACUGCACGAUUAGCUAUUGCCAUUAUUACGUUAUUGAAGCUGCAAAGCCGUGCAUCCUGCCUUUCCUUUCUCGAUGUCAUCAAGAAAGUCUCUCAAUUUGAUAAAAUUCAUCCUUGCCACAUUUCCUCGGAUCUAGCAGGUGUUCGCAGGUAUAUACUUGUUCAUGCCCAGAUUAUCUUGCAACUGUUUUCAGAGUAUCCCGAUAUUACAAUCAGCAAAUGUGCUUUCGUGUGCACUCUCCGCACCAAGAUGGAAGAGCAGCACCAAAGAAAAUGGUCAGUAAAUAAGAGUGUGAUCCCGAAACAAGAACCAUGGAUGAACUCGAGAGCUUUCAAGGUUGCCACGAUCUCGAAAAGGAAAGCUAUGCCUGCAACCACCACCAAGUUGAUAAGAAGGAUCUGGCGGCAGUAUUGCUCAAAUCACAUGCAUUGGGAGUCAAUGGAGGCCAAUGAAGAGGAGGCAGAAGAAAAUGAAAGAAAGGAUCUAAAGUACAGAAGAGAAGAUGAAAUUUUAAAAUUACAGAAAUGUGAUCAUCCACACUGGAAAACAAGGUCUGCUAAAAAGGAAAUCAGAUGGGAUGGAGAAUCAGUUCAAAGAACAUCCCGAGGUGAGGCACUCUUUACACAGGCUCUUGCCAAUGGACAUGUGGUUUGUGUAGGCCACACUGUGGUGCUAAGAACAUCCGAUUCAAUGAAACAUUCGUGUAUAUGUUUCAUAGAGUACAUGUUCCAAUCAUCAGAUAACAGAAAAUUGGUUCAUGGAAGACUGCUGCUUAGAGGUUGUCAAACUGUUCUCGGAGAUACUGCUAGUGAGAGGGAACUCUUCUUGACAAAUGAGUGUAGAGAAUUUGAGCUCGGUGAUGUCAUAGAAACCAUGGUUGUGGAAAUCGGGCAAAGACCUUGGCAUUAUCAACACCGCAAGGCAAAUGCAGAUAAUGACAAAGUGGAAAAACAAAGAGCUUGGAAGGGAAAGAUAAAGGGGUUACCCAUGGAAUACUUCUGCAGAAGUUUAUACUGCCCGGAAAGAGGUGCUUUCUUUUGCCUACCAACUACAGUAAUGGGCCUUGGAACUGGGGAUUGUAACUCGUGUAAAAUGAGACAAGCCUCAAAUGUGAGGGUCUUCAAGCUCUGUACAUCCACAACAAGCUUCACAUAUCGGGGAAUUCAGUACAGUAUUUGCGACUUUCUCUAUUUAAGCCCUUUGUAUCUUGCAGCAAAUGAGAAACAGAAAACAACUUUCAAGAACAGCAGGAAUGUCGGUCUUAAAUCAUAUAUAGUCUGCCAACUACUUGGGGUUGAAAGUGACAACUCCUUUGAACGAGCUGACCCUGAAUGUGUGAUGAUCAAAGUUAGGAGGUUUUUCAAACCUGAAGAUAUUUCAAAGGAGAAGGCUUUCUUUUCUGAUGUUCAAGAGGUUUACUACAGUGAACAGAUAAUUAAGGCACCUGUCGCUGCUGUAGAAGGAAAAUGUAAUGUUAGAAAUAAGAAAGAUUUUCAAUUUAAAGAUUGCCAUAAUAGCCUUUAUGUUUUUGAGCAUGUCUUCUUCUGUCAACAUCUGUACGACACUGAAAGUGGGACUCUGAAGCAGUUACCCCGUAAUGUUGAGCUAGGCUUCCUCUCAAAAGAGCACAUAGUCCAUAAUGAUUCAAUCAAAAAUGAAAAAGUGAAGUGUAUAGAAGGAGAAAAUAAACCCGAGUGUACUGAGAAAGCAGUGGAUGAAGCUGCUAAAAAUCCUCUAGCCACUCUCGACAUAUUUGCUGGUUGUGGUGGCCUGUCUACAGGUUUAAAAGAGUCGGGUGUAUCGGUGAGUAAAUGGGCAAUUGACUAUGAAGAAGCUGAGGCUGAAGCUUUUAAGUUGAAUCACUCAGAGGCAGUGACAAUCACUAGUAACUGCAACGCAAUUCUUAGGGCAAUCAUGAUAGCCGGUGGAGAUGGAGAUGAGUGCAUUUCAAGUUCAGAUGCAGCCGAGUUGGCUUCAAAGCUUGACGAGAAGGUAAUAAACAGUUUGCCACGACCUGGAGAAGUGGAUUUCAUUGUCGGUGGCCCCCCUUGUCAGGGAUUUUCUGGACUAAAUAGGUUCCAAGAAAGCUAUUGGAGUAGGACGCAAUGUGAAAUGAUCUUAUCGUUUUUAUCUUAUGUGGAUUACUUCAGGCCUAAGUACGUCCUCCUCGAAAAUGUCAGGAACUUUGUUCGUUUUGACAAAGGGAAAAUGUUUCAUCUAACUCUAGCUUCGCUGCUCGAAAUGGGUUACCAGGUGAGGUUUGGAGUAUUGGAAGGCGGGGCGUAUGGUAUAGCUCAGACACGCAAACGUGCAUUCAUAUGGGCAGCUUGUCCAGAAGCCACGCUUCCUGAAUGGCCCGAGCCAAUGCAUGUGUUUUCAGGUCCUGAACUCAGGAUUCAAUUAGAUUCGGUUGGCAAUGCUCAUUAUACUGCCGUUCGUAGCACUGCAGGUGGUGCCCCUUUCCGUGCUAUCACUGUCAGAGAUACGAUAGCAGAUCUCCCAGCAGUCAGAAGCGGGGCAUCAGCAACAACCAUGGAGUAUGAAGGCAAGCCUCUUUCCUGGUUCCAAAAGAGGGUCCGAGGUGGCAUGGUACACUUGAUAGACCACAUUUCAAAGGAAAUGAAUCAGCUGAAUCUUACCAGAUGUCAGAAGAUCCCCAAAUGUGCGGGUGCUGAUUGGCGUGAUCUCCCACGCGAGAGGGUUCAAUUGUCAAAUGGAAAGGAGGCUAAUUUGGUACCUCGGUUCCUGAAAAACACAGCCAAGAAACACAAUGAAUGGAAGGGCCUAUUUGGAAGGUUGGACUGGGAAGGAAAUUUCCCAACAGCCAUUACAGACCCUACCCCGGGUGGUAAGGUUGGCAUGUGUUUUCACCCUGAACAAGACAGGAUAAUUUCUGUCCGAGAAUGUGCUCGAUCCCAGGGAUUUCCAGAUAGCUACAAAUUUUCCGGCAGCAUUCUACAUAAACACCGGCAGAUUGGCAAUGCUGUCCCUCCUCCGCUGGCUUUUGCACUGGGAAGGAAACUCAGGGAAGCAAUUGAACAUAAUUUGUACCAUAAUCGUUCCACAUGUAAUCUUCCAUAAACCAAAAGCAACAUCAAAUUGUUCAUAAAUAUGUUUGUCGUUUCAUUUUUCUGUAGACCAAACAGCCAAAGAGGCAAAUAGUAAAUUUCAUGAGCUUAUGAGAUCCAA